AUGCCUCCAAAGAAGGCAGCAGCAACAAAAGCCUCGGCUGCUCCGGCCGCGAAAAAGGCUGCUCCGGCAAAGAAGAGCGCAGGUGUCAACAAGCCUGCCGCGCCAGCCAAGAAGACAGCUGCUGCGAAGCCCAAGUCUGCCCCGGCCAAGGCUGCCCCGGCCAAGACUGCCGCGACAAAGGCUGCUCCCAAAAAGCGCAAGGUCGCCGAGGAACCCGAGCCUGAGGAAGAAGACGAGGACAGUGAAGAGGAAGAAGAAAAGCCCGCCGCCAAGGGUUCGCGCAAGUCGGCGCCUCCCGCUACAAAGAAGAGCUCUACUCCCGUCCCGGCCCCCAAGAGAGCCGCGUCUGCCCAGCCCAAGAAGGCAAAGGCCGACGCCACCAAGAAGAAGACGCCCGCGCCCGAGCCCGAGGCGGACAAAGAAAAUGCCGCCCCUGAGCCCAAGGUGACGGGCGCGUCUUCUCCUACUAAGCGCAAGCGCGAGGAUACCGUCGAGCCGUCCCAUGACCGCAAUGCCGCAAAAGACGAGAACGAGGCCGAGGAAAAGCCCGCGCCGGAGAGGGAGAUCAAACAGCCGCGUCCCGUGAAGCGUGUGCGGACGGCCGCUCCCGUCUCCAAGGUUAAGAUUGGUGCUAAGAUCAACAAUGCUCCCGAAGCGGUCCUAGACGUCUUUGUCUUCGGCGAGGGAUCGUCCGGCGAGCUGGGCCUGGGUAGCAUGAAGUAUGAGAACAAGAAGCCCAUUGACGUCAAGCGCCCUCGCAUCAACCACAACCUGUCUGCCGAUAAGGUCGGUGUUGUUCAGCUUGCCUGCGGUGGUAUGCAUGCCGUUGCGCUCACCAAGGACAACAAGGUCCUCACGUGGGGCGUCAACGACCAGGGUGCGCUUGGCCGUGAUACCACCUGGGAUGGUGGUCUCCGUGACGCGGAUGCCGAAGACUCGGACUCUGACGACGAGGGCGACGACAGCGGUCUGAACCCCGUCGAGAGCACCCCUGCCGAGAUUGACAUGAGCGAGGUUGCCGAGGGCACACGCUUCGUCCAGGUUGCUGCCAGUGAUAGCGCCUCUUUUGCACUCACGGAAGAUGGCCGUGUUUACGGAUGGGGAACCUUCCGCGCGAGCGAUGGCGUCCUUGGCUUCACACCGACGAUUAAAAUCCAAAAAUUCCCUACUCUCCUCCCCGAGCCCAAGAAGGUUGUUCAAAUCGCCGCCGGCUCCAACCACGCCAUGGCACUCGACAGUGCCGGCAAGCUUUUCACGUGGGGCUGCCCAGAGCAGAACCAGCUCGGUCGCCGCUGCGUGCAGCGCGAGCUGCUGGCAUCGGCCCUCCGCCCCGGCGGUGUAGGCCUCAAGCGCGGCGUCAAGGUCGUCAAGAUCUCGUGCGGUUCCUACCACAGCUUUGCAGUCGACAAGGAGGGUGGUGUCUACACUUGGGGUCUCAACAACUUCGGCCAGCUCGCCAUCGAACAGGAUGCCGGUGACUCUGAUGCCGCUGUUCUGACCGCUGUCAAGGUUGAGUCUUUGAAGGACUACAAGAUCGCGGAUAUCGCCGGUGGUGAACACCACUCGCUCGCUUGUACGACCGACGGUCAGCUGCUUGUUUGGGGCCGCAUUGAUGGCCACCAAACCGGGUUGCCUCUUGAUGCAUUCACGGAGGAGAAUGCCAUAUACGACGAUUACAAGAAGCCGCGAAUCUUGAAGACCCCCACUGUGAUCCCAGGCCUGCCCAAGAUCGUUUCCGUCGCGGCCGGCACCGACAACUCCUUUGCCAUCAGCGACGACGGCAAGGUCUACUCGUGGGGAUUCUCCAUCAACUACCAGACCGGCCAGGGCACCUCGGACGACGUCGAGACGCCCACGCUGAUCGACAACACGGCCAUCCGUGACCGAAAGAUUACCUAUGCUGGAGCUGGUGGUCAAUACUCGGUGGUAGCCUGCCAUGCCGAGAAGAAGGCUUGA